CACAUGGCACCAAGAAACCUGACCAGAGUUUCAGAAUUUCUUCUUAUGGGAUUUUCAGAAGAACCAGGAUUGCAGUCCUUGAUAUUUGGGCUUUUUCUCUCCAUGUACUUGAUCACUGCAUUUGGGAAUCUGCUCAUCAUCCUGGCCACCAUCUCGGACUCCCACCUCCACACACCCAUGUACUUCUUUCUCUCCAACCUGUCCUUUGUAGACAUCUGUUUCAUCUCGACCACCGUCCCAAAGAUGCUUCAGACCAUCCAGACACAGAGCAAAGUCAUAACCUAUGGAGGCUGCAUCACCCAGGUGUAUUUUUUCACACUCUUUGUAGUUUUGGACAUCUUACUCCUGACUGUGAUGGCCUAUGACCGCUUUGUGGCCAUCUGUCACCCCCUUCACUACACAGUCAUCAUGAACCCACAACUCUGUGGACUGCUGGUUCUGGUGUCCUGGACCAUUGGUGUCCUGCAUGCCUUGUUGGAAAGCUUAAUGAUAUUGCGACUGUCCUUCCAUACAGUCUUAAAAAUCCCCCACUUUUUCUGUGAACUCAAUCAGAUGAUCCAACUUGCCAGUUCUAACAUAUUUAUUAAUAACAUGGUGAUGUAUUUUGUAGUUCUGUUGCUACCUGCUGGUUCUUUCAUUGGUAUCCUUUACUCUUACUCUAAGAUAGUUUCCUCCAUAUGUGGAAUCUCAUCAGCUCAGGGGAAGUAUAAGGCAUUUUCCACCUGUGCAUCUCACCUCUCAGUUGUCUCCUUAUUUUAUUGUACAGGAUUUGGAGUGUACCUCAGCUCUGCUGCAACCCAUGGCUCACACUCAAGUGCAACAGCCUCCGUGAUGUACACUGUGGUCACACCGAUGCUGAACCCCUUCAUCUAUAGUCUGAAAAAUAAAGACUUAAAGAGGGGUCUGAAACUGGUCUUUGGAAAGGAAAAUAUAUAA